AUGGUAACCAACCCGCAUCGAUUGCCCCAAUACUUUCUUGAUUCUUUCCUGUUCCUCACCUUGGUUCGAUCUGCCUCGCCGGUGCAGAUCCGGUUCAUCCUGCUGCAGAACCGGCAGGGGAAGACGCGGCUGGCCAGGUACUACGUCCCGCUCGAGGACUCCGAGAAGCACAAGGUCGAGUACGAGGUGCAUCGGCUCGUGGUCAACAGGGAUCCCAAGUUCACCAACUUCGUCGAGUUCCGCACACACAAAGUUAUCUACAGAAGAUAUGCAGGACUUUUUUUCUCUCUGUGCGUGGACAUCACUGACAAUGAAUUGGCAUACUUGGAAUGUAUCCAUUUGUUUGUCGAGAUAUUGGACCAUUUCUUCAGCAAUGUGUGUGAACUUGAUUUAGUAUUUAACUUCCACAAGGUCUACUUGAUAUUGGAUGAGUUCAUUCUUGCCGGAGAGCUUCAAGAAACAAGCAAAAGGGUAUUGCUUUUCCCAUCAUAA